GGCUGUCGCACGUCUCGGCACCGCGGUAACGAUUCAGGUUCCGAAUUCCAGCGGGUUCGCGAGUCCUACCUCGUGACGCCUCGAAGAGAUCGGCCGGGAUGGCGAUCGAGAUUCCCGCGCACGAAAAUGCCGCUCGCUGGCGACAGCGGCACGCGUUCGCACGCGAGGGACGCACGUGCGCGCACGAAUCGACGAUCGAACGGCGCACCGCCCGCACUCGUCGGCCCCGGCAACGCGAGACUCCGACACGACAGCACGCAGAAACGACGAGGAUGGAGUGAUUCGGGAAAGGAUCGAUGCACGACGUAACGUGCAAUGAGUGAUAAACAGGGUGCACCUAUUUUACCACCCCUUAGUCGGGGUGCGGCUAAUAAUGGCGGAAAUAACGGAAGUUCAGCUCAACAGACUGUCAGUCUGCAGCAAGUUCUCGCUACCGCUCAAGGCCUCAAUGUGCUCGCUACUACCAGUGGGCAACAAUUUGUUAUUACGACUCAGGUUCCUGGUCUCACACAGGUCAUAUCGAAUAAUGCCACAACUAACGCGAGCGGAACGCAACAAGUUACAAGGAUCGUUAACAUCGCGGGUACGCCACCGCGCAACGCUGUCGGAAUUGUCGGCACGUCGCCUCCGACAGUGUCACGGCCACAGAACUCUACUAAGCUUAUGCUGACAACGUCGCCGAAACUUGUACGCACUUCUAUAAGCAAUGUGUUUGUAGCACCGACAUCAUCGCAGGUAUCAUCGCCGCAGGUGCAGGCGCAAUCGCCUUCACCAGCGAGGAAACGGCUGAAAUUGUCGGAAACGACGGAAAAACCGAUUCCAUUUGACGCCAGCGACUGUCGUAGACGAAUAAUGGAGCAUAAAAUGCGGCGGAUGCGCAGCGUACGUGAGAAGUAUGCGGAAAAUGCAUCGGAACUGUACUUUCUGCACACUGGCGGCAACAUGAUGGAGUAUUAUGCCUGGCGGAAGCGAUCUCCGACGCCGCAGUUAGUACAUUUCCUACGUCAGCAUCGACUCGAUCCGGAUGAUGAUGACGAGGAUCUGACUGCGCCAUUGUCGUCAAUACCAGAAUUCUCGCAGCUGUCUGCUGUUACAACUACUGUCACCACUACUACGACCGUCACUAGCGCUAUUGUCACCGCUACUACCACUGUCACAACCGUCACGUCCGGUUCCACAGUGGUCCAGAUCCCGAAUCAAAGAGCAGAGGUUAAAAUCGCUGGGGCGGGCGUGACGCCAGUAGCGGUGUCCACCACCUUGCCUGCUGCGGCUCUAGCCCAACUCAGUCAAGGACAAGUACCAGGUAGGCCUCAAGGGGGCCGCCAUGGCAUGGUGUUUGCCUUUCGAGCGGCAAUCCAGUCUUCGCCAGUCACCGUUCACCCUCCAUCCGCUUCCACCAUAGCACCCACGUUCAUUAUAGGUGGAACGUCGAUGGUUACAGAUUCGUCGAAACUGACAACCACGGCCGUGAGUUCGGUGGUAGAAAAGUCGUCGCCGUCUAUAAUCACUGUCGCCACCCCGAAAUCGUCUGUGACUACAGCUGCGCUCAAUAGUCCACAACCUAUCGUUAAGCUCGUUAAGUUGUCUACACCCACUACCAUAACUACUUCCUGUGAUAUCUCGAACAAUCAGGAGCAAAUUGUGGAAAAAGCUAAGCAGGAGGCGUAUGUAAUGCAAAGGAUUGCAGAACUGCAACGCGAGGGAUUAUGGUCGGAACGGCGAUUGCCCAAGGUGCAGGAACCGACUCGAACCAAAGCCCAUUGGGAUUACUUGCUAGAGGAAAUGGUCUGGUUGGCCGCUGACUUCGCUCAAGAACGUAAAUGGAAAAAGGCAGCAGCAAAGAAAUGCGCGAGAAUGGUGCAGAAGUACUUUCAGGAAAAGGCGAUUCAAGCACAGAAGGCUGAGAAAUUGCAGGAACUUCGACUGAAGAAAAUUGCCAGCUUGGUCGCAAAGGAGAUUAAAACUUUCUGGACAAAUGUUGAGAAAUUGGUGGAGUAUAAGCAACAAACGAGACUUGAAGAAAAACGAAAGAAGGCAUUGGAUCAACAUCUAAACUUCAUUGUGGGUCAAACAGAGAAAUAUUCCACAUGGCUGACAGAAGGUCUUAACAAGACCGACGGUCCACAGAGUAUUCCAGCUUCCAUAAAUAGUUCACGUAUCUCUUCACCAGUCCAAGUGGGAAAAUGUCAUUCUGAUGAGGAAUUCCAGCCAAAUCAGAGUUCAGAUGAUGAUGAGGAGACCAUAGCCAAAGCUGAAGAAGAAAUGAAAACGACUAAUCACAAAGAGGAAGUUGAAUUGUUAAAAAAAGAAUCAGAAAUACCUUUGGAAGAUCUUUUGAAGGACUUACCACCAGAUUAUUUGGAGCAUCGAAACAGAAGUCUAUCACCGAAUAACGCAACGAAUGAAGAAGAACAAAUUGAAAAUGAAGAAGCAGUUGAUGCAGAUGCUGAUUUCAUCGCAGCGUCUGGUGAAUCCACGGAUGAAGAAGAUACGAUCAUGGAAGAGGAAAGGCUCGAGGGAGAAAUCGAUCAUAAGCGAGAACUCGAUGAACUUAAGGCUGAUAAUGAAAUGUCUAUCGACGAACUCGCGGCCAAAUAUGCUAAUAUGUCGGAUGUGUUGAUGGACGAGGAUGAUGAGGCUGAAGGUACGGAUAAAGAAAGUGAACGAGGAACACAAGAGAUCGAAGACCAAAUAAGUAGCAAUGAGAGUGAAAGCGAAGAGAGUGAUCACGAUAAUGAUGAAGAUGAGAUUCAGACUCAGAACGAUCCCGAGGCGGAUAUAGGACUUCAAUCGCUUCUCGAAGAUCCUUCCGCGGAAAAACAAUUGGAGAAUAAAGUCGCAGAAGAUGAUAAUUCGGACGCUCAUAAUGAAAUGGAUAAUGUUGCCGCGUUGGCCGAAAGCAUCCAGCCUAAGGGAAAUACGUUACUCACCACUAGUGUUGUCACUAAAAUACCUUUUCUUCUGAAACACUCUCUUCGCGAGUAUCAGCACAUAGGAUUGGAUUGGCUUGUCACGAUGUAUGAAAGAAAGCUAAACGGCAUUCUGGCUGAUGAAAUGGGUCUAGGUAAAACUAUACAAACUAUCGCGUUGUUGGCGCAUCUGGCCUGCGAGAAGGGAAACUGGGGGCCACAUCUUAUAAUCGUACCGACUUCUGUGAUGCUCAAUUGGGAAAUGGAAUGUAAAAAAUGGUGUCCUGGAUUCAAAAUAUUGACAUAUUAUGGCACACAGAAGGAAAGAAAACAAAAGAGAACAGGUUGGACAAAACCAAAUGCCUUCCAUAUAUGCAUUACAUCCUAUAAAUUAGUAAUACAAGAUCACCAAAGCUUUAGACGGAAAAAAUGGAAAUAUCUUAUCUUGGAUGAGGCACAGAAUAUCAAGAAUUUCAAGUCACAGAGGUGGCAGUUACUUUUAAACUUUCAGACACAACGGAGAUUACUUCUUACUGGCACACCCCUUCAAAACAAUUUAAUGGAACUAUGGUCGCUUAUGCAUUUUCUUAUGCCUAAUGUCUUUCAAUCGCAUCGUGAAUUUAAAGAGUGGUUUAGCAAUCCUGUAACAGGCAUGAUCGAAGGAAACAGCGAAUACAACGAGAACAUAAUCCGCCGUCUACAUAAGGUGUUGCGACCUUUUCUUUUAAGACGAUUAAAAACUGAAGUGGAAAAGCAAUUGCCGAAGAAAUAUGAGCACGUGGUUAUGUGCCGUUUGUCAAAGCGUCAGAGAUUUCUGUAUGAUGAUUUCAUGUCGAGGGCCAAAACGAAGGAAACACUCGCCAGCGGGAAUCUGUUGAGUGUGAUUAACGUAUUAAUGCAACUACGAAAGGUGUGUAAUCAUCCAAACCUGUUCGAGGUUCGACCGACCGUUUCACCAUUUCAAAUGGAAGCGAUUGAAUUUGUAACCGCUUCAUUAGUCUGGAGUGUGCUUGAUUAUGAUCCCUUCAAGCACAUCGAAUUGUCUAGUUUGAACCUUUUGCUGUUGAACUUGGAGUUGAUGCUCAGUGCAUUUGUUGCACAUAGAGUGAAACGUCUGCGGACACCUAGAAAGUUAAUAGAAGAGAUAGAUAGUCAACCGGAACCGCCGCCAAGAUGUCCGUCUGGCCGGAUCAAGAUCAACGUUAGAUUAUCGAAUCAAGCAAAGCCACAGCAGCAACAGCAAACGCAGACUAGACUAAAGAAUCUGGCUGGCGUAUUACCCACGCCAAGAGUGGGUGUUACAUUGAGAGUUGCUGGUGGUCAACAAUUACAAGGUUAUUCCCUACAACUGGUGCCGCAUCAGGCUGGCGUGAAAGCUUUUCCUAUGGCAACGUUGGGAAAUAAUCCACAAAGUACUAGCGUAACAACUACUACGACAACGACAAAUGCGCAAAGAAUUACGGUAGGAAAUGCUAGCAUCAGAGAUGGCAUUCAACGACUGGCGACACAAACUGUUACUGUCAAACAAGGCGAUUCCGUCCAGAGAAUAGCGGUACCUAGUUUUGCGCAACUGGUUCAAACAUCUACCGGCAGACACUUUAUUCUGACACCGAGUCAACAGAAUACUAACACAGUUUCAUUUCCAGUCAUGACAUCGAGCGGAUCACGUUUUACGGUGCUGUCUAAAUCGAUAAUGGGUUUGGCCACAUCGGGUGCUACGACGAUGAAUAAGGUUGUUAGUGGAGUAGUAACAACGCCAAGUGGUCGACCCAUCAUGAGGGUACCUCCUCUGAACGUAACAGCAUCGCAAUCAUCACCAAGCGGAAACAACAGCCAACAGACAGUUAGCCACCAACAACCGCAAUCGAUACGUGGUAUUGUUACCAGACAAGCUCAGAAAGAGAUCGCGAAAGUGCAAAACAAGGAACAGCCUAAAUCCGAAUUUUAUUUGCCUCAAUUGGAGGAGGAAAGGAGACAGAGAAGACAAAACAAAUUGCAUCUCCUCGCAGACAUCAAUGAACGAAGAUGCGCGGCAUGUCCACUUUACGGUGAAGAUCUGUUUAUGGCUUUGAGAAUCGGUAAACCUGCGACAGCUUGUCGCUGGCAUGAUGGUUGGGUGCAUUGUUCAAAGACUCAAGCAAAGAUUCGUACUCGGAAAGAGUUCUUUUCACACACGGAAGCACUUGCGGAAGCUAUCAAAAGCACGGAGCAGAUUGUUGAAGAACUCAAAGAAAUCUUUGAAAGAUAUGUAGUCUAUGUGCCGGCUGUACGCGCUCCAGUCCCUCGGUUUCAUGUGUCUCAUCCGCCGCCAUACAAGUUAUGGAAUGAGCGUCGUCUGUGGACUGAAUUACAACAACAAAUGUCGCCGAAAUUAUUUCUCUUUCAUCCAAUUUCAUGCCACAUGCUCACACAGUUCCCCGAUCCCAGACUCAUCCAGUACGAUUGUGGCAAGCUGCAAUCGCUGGAUCGGCUGUUGAGAAAGCUAAAAUCUGAAAGUCAUCGAGUCCUCAUAUUCACACAGAUGACCAGAAUGCUGGACGUGUUAGAAGCCUUUUUGAAUUUCCAUGGACACAUAUAUCUGCGAUUAGAUGGUACAACUAGAGUAGAUCAACGUCAGGUUUUGAUGGAAAGGUUCAACGGCGAUAAGCGAAUAUUUUGUUUUAUCCUGUCGACGAGAUCUGGUGGUGUCGGUGUGAAUUUGACGGGGGCAGACACAGUGAUAUUUUAUGAUAGUGAUUGGAAUCCUACAAUGGAUGCCCAGGCGCAAGACAGAUGCCACAGAAUAGGACAAACGCGGGACGUACAUAUCUACAGAUUAGUCAGUGAGAAAACUGUUGAAGAAAAUAUUUUGAAAAAGGCAAAUCAGAAACGAUUGCUAGGAGAUCUCGCUAUUGAAGGCGGCAAUUUCACCACGGCGUACUUCAAAAGUUCUACUAUUCAAGACUUGUUUAACAUCGAUCAAACUGAGAAUGAUGCGUCAGCGCGAAUGGCUGAAGUGCUCGAACAGAAUCGGGAUCGAGAAAAGACCUACAGCAAGGACAUAACAGCGGGACCAUUUCAAAGUGGUUUUUCAGGACAGCAUACGGAGGAAAAGGCAGCGAUGGGUGCUCUUGAGAGCGCUCUCGCUGCUGCUGAAGAAGAUCUUGAUGUUCUGGCUGCAAAGACUGCGAAAGCAGAAGCUGUCGCCGAUCUCGCUGAAUUCGAUGAAAACAUUCCGCUGGAAGAAGCUGAUAAAGACGACACACAAGUUAGCAAGGCAGAACAGGAAGUUCAGAAUCUGAUUGCUCAGCUGACUCCAAUAGAACGAUAUGCGAUGAAGUUCGUCGAGGAAUCCGAAGGUGCGUUCUCCGCGGCGCAACUGGCCGCAGCCGAACGGGAACUCGAGGAGCAGAAGAAGGAGUGGGAGUUAGACCGGUUGCGGGCAUUGCGCGAGGAGGAGGAACGGCGUAUGCGGCUCGCCGACGACGAUGAGAAGCCACUAACAUUUGGCCGCGAGGAUGCGCAGAAUCAGGUUAAUAGUACUGCCGCCAAGAGCGGUUCCAGGCGAUUAGUUAAUAAGAGGUUAAUAGUACCAAGUAGAAGAAGUUUGCGUAGACGUGGCGGUAAUAGGAGACGUGCGCGCGAUUUGUCGUCGGAAAGCGAAAACGAAACUACUAGCACCGAAUCAGAUUCGGAUUCGGAAUCACAAGAGGAGGACGUGGUUGAGGAUAGUCUUGACGAGGAAUCGAGUCAUACAGAGAGUCAAAGUCAAGGGGAUGAGGGUGAAGAGGAAGAAGGAGAGGAAGGCGAAGAGAAAGAUGAGAGCGAUGAGGAGGAGGAAGAAGAACAGGAGACCGGUGAAGGGAACGAAGAUGGAAGGGCGAAUAAUCGCGAUGAUUCCGAACGUCGAGGAGGUUUCUCGAGACGGAAGGGUCGUCUGGCAGGCUCAGGCUCCCGUAGUCGAAAUCAUUUUGAUCUAAAUAGUCCACGUACUAGAUCGCGUGGGAAUGUUAAGAUCAAUCUCUGGACUUUGGAUGUGAGUCCUAUCCUGCCUGGUAUAAAGCCAAACUUUCGCCGGAAACGCAAAAAAUUUCAUCGCGCGAAAUCGGAGGAAAAUCGUCUCGAAACCUUCUCAUCAGUUGAUGUAUGUCGUAAAAGAAGCAUUCGGAUUAACACAAGCACCAAAAUAUCUGUCAAUUCCAAUCAGAAUACAAAACUCGAAAUCAUCGAGAUAAAGGAAACUGAUCGAAAUUUAUCGAAGGACAAGCGAGAUUUGAAGGAUGGUUGCGAUCUCGCGUCAUCCUCGAUCGAUUCGAACAGUGUGGACCGAUGUGUUACUGAUUUUAUUACGGAGCAAUCUAUUGGUGAUCAUGUGGAUUCGACAUUAGUCGUUAAAACACAAUCAAACAGAAAGUUGGAAUUGGCUUCUGAUAUAGUGGACAGUCAAAAUGUAAAAAAAGAAAAAGAAAGAAGUGAUGAUAAAAAUACGAAUGGGACUAAUUUAAUUGCGGUCUGCUCCGUUCAGGUGACGCGGUGCUCACAUAAAGUUAUGUCCACGACCUAUAAAAAGCUUGAGCCCGAAGUAAAUCGCAAUGAGGAUGCGGAGAAUCUCGAUGUGAAUGUCAGCGUGAGGGAUUCUCGGUCUCCUUCGAGCACGAUGCAACCGGAUGCGUCUUUGAAACGCUCGAAGGAGACAGUGGCCAAAUCCAAGUUAGAAUUCGCGUCAGCCAAUUCUUUGUGCAACAAUGUGCGAGGGAAAUUGACUGCUGCCGCGCCGAGAGAAUCUGACAGAAGUGUCGAGUCACCCUCUAAUCGUUCGACUCCUCUUUUACGAUCGAAAACGUUGCGAAAUGAAAGUCCUGACACGACCGACACUGUCUCUAAACCUGUUGCGAUAUCCCGCGUUUCUACCGUGCAGAGAAAUUCCAAGAUUAAUGUAAAUACUGAUGAGGUAGCUCGUAGUAAUGCGGUUGAUGAUAAAGACAAGGAUAAUAGUAAUGAAGUUAAUGAUGAUGCUGAGUCAGCGAUAUCCCUGGUGAUGCAAAAAUCGGAUCAAAAAUUCAAUUUGAAAAGCGAAAAUUCAGACGCUUUAUCGCAAGUAUCGGAAAAAGGAAUAAGUGACGUGGCAUCGAAUGUGCCCAAUUCUUUAGUACCCUCUGUAAAAAGCCAAUUUAAUUCAAGUGAACCUAAAUGCAAAAUACGAAAAGUAGAAAACAUAGUUCAGCGAAGCGUAAUAACUCGUAGCUCAAAAAUUUCCUCAACUAUUAAUCAUUUAGAAGAAAAUAAGACACAAUUGAUGAAUGAUAAGAUUGAUUCGAAAGUAUCGGAGCAUUCGCAAAUGAAAACGGGAAUUCGAAGAGCCGACAAUUUAAUUGCGGAGCAAUUACAGAGCAGGAUUACGCGAUCAGCAAGUCACUCAAGGACACCUCCACCUAGCAAUGACGAGACGAUGACACAACUUUCAUCAAAGUUGAAGCGACGCUCGGAUACUCCUCUUCCGCGACCUAUUACAAGAUCCACCGUGAACUUUCCUGCGAGACUCGAUACGGUACUGCCCAGUCGAGUUGAAAAAUAUACGACACGGAACUCGAAACAGUAUCAAGACAAUGGCCUACCGAAUUCUCCAAUGCCAUUCAGACGUAGUAGAUCGAUACCGCCAAUGAAACCGCGGGACUCGAAGGAAGGUUCGACGACAGUCGUCUCGACAAAACGUCCAGACACGCCUCGACCUAACAUACCGCCCGGUCACAACAAUGAUCAGGUACAUAGAGUGACGCGCUCGGGAUUGCUCUUGAAUUCCACCCUGUCGAUGAAAUCAACAUCAUCACCGUUAUCUUCUCUCGCUUCAGCAUUUAAAACAAAUGUCAAGCGGAUACGAAAUCCAUCAAUCAGCAGCGAGAACGAAAACACUGCAAGUGAGAAUAGUGGAAGUUUGACGUCGCAGCCCUACGAGAAGCCUCAAAGAACGGCCAAGGUUGUAGCCAUUCUCACUUUGGACACAAGGAAUACCAGUAGCAAGAUCUCGUCAAGUCAGUCCAAAUCCAAUGUUAAUUGCGAGACGAAAAUUCAGGAUAAGGAAUUAUCCGUGUCAGACACACUGAGAGAACAAGAGGCCAAUCACGAGGACUGCAACUCGUCUGACAUAAAGUCCAGAAGGUUGCGUAAAGAAACAAAGCGCGCCAAAACUAUAUCAAAUUCGUUGGAAGACGAGGACGGUUCUAAUGAUGUUAGCGAUGAAGAUCCGCAGAAGAGAUUUCGUUCCUCGCAGAUUUCCCCCUCGCCCUCCUCUUCCGUCACAACGACGCGAUCUGAAAAACUGAAGAACACCACAAUAUCUUGAGCCACGCUGAAGCAUCAUUGCGGUAAUCAUCAACGACACAAGCUAUUCCGUUGGGAAUAUAAUUGUUAUUCGAUCAAGCAGUCAAAUAUAUCUACUAUUGUGUCUGCUACUCAAUCCGCCUAUUAUGUGCGUGAUA